AAUUAUUUUCGCUUUUGGCAAGAUCUUCAUUUUGCUUGGCAUUUGGCAUUUAUAGAGUUGGCUACUCUGUCGAUUAGUUUUGUAGCUUGUUGGAGUACGGUAUUGCCGUGGGCGUAUUGUUGGAAUUUUUAUUAAUAAUGAGCGGUGUUGUCCUUAAGAGAGCAGCACAGGUGGCGGGGGUGUGUGCCAGGCGGCUCAACACUUCCAGCCCACGCCUUGGCAAGGCCUCGGAGGAAGUAGUGAUCGCAGACUAUUCCAAGCUGAAGAAGAAGCAGGAACACUUUCAGCUUGAUUCUGACGUACCAGUGUAUCUGAAAGGCGGUCUGUUUGACAGGCUGUUGUACCAUGCUACGUUAGGCUUGGGUGCCGUAGGUCUGGCUCUAGGAGCUCGUUUCUUUUAUCAGGCAGCGUACCCAAAGAAAUGAAUUCCACACCUUCGUGUGCUUUUGCUAAUAGUAAGGAAUUGUUUGUUCAUACAAGUUGUAGUUUCUAUGUUUAUUAUAUACUUGUAAAUAAAUCUUUGUUCUAAAUUGA